GAAGAUUGAGCGGUCCACAGUGGAUAACGUUUCAAAGCACCUUUUCCAAGCAAGUUAUCCAUUGCUAAGUCAUUGCUGAGAGCUAGUUCUUGCAGGUUUCGAUUGCCUUCAGCUGUUUGCUUCGUAAGCCUCGAACAAUGGCCGUGUCCACAACGAUGCGCUCUACUACGGCCCAUGCUCGCGCUGACUGGAGUCGCCGACCUUCCAGAUUCAACUCUUGCAAUUCAGUUAUCAGUCGUCGAGUUGUCGCAACGGCACUUCACGAUGGAGCCUCAAGCCCAAGCGACGACUGCCAUAUCACAGCAGACACCAUUGCUUGGAAUGCGAAGCACUUCGCUGUCCUCAAAAAGCGCAUUGCAGAGGUUCGUGCGGCUGAGGUGGUUGCCGACUCGUCCUCAAGCCGCCCCGAGCUACCUUCUGUUGCGGAUAUUACAACAAAUGACGUGGAGCGUCACCACGGCCGGCUUUGCCAGUGGCAUGAGGACCAAUGGCAGCAGCUGCGCGCUACCCAACUGAACUGGGACGACGACCUGGGACACUUCGGUGUUCCCUUGUGAAAUGCUGCGGCAGGUUGUGUAUUCUAUUAGCUGUGUUUGCCCGAAUGGUUUUAGGGCUUAACCGCGUUCGUAGCUAAUCUUUGCGUAGCGUUCAGGGAAUUUAGCUCAAGUGUUUACAAACAUACAUUUGCUAAUGCCAGCUUGCUGCAUGCUGCAGCUUCUGGCUUAAGCAGCAAUUUUAAAUUCCCGGGGCUUGUGCAUAAGAGAGUGCGGAGAGCGUUGUAGAGCAAUGGGAGCGAGAGAGCGAUAUACCGGUAAAAGGUGAGUGUCAUGGCCAGCUGCAGGCGGACAUGUUCAUUUGCUUCCGUCGCGCCGUUGUAGAGCGUUGUUCCGUUGGGAAUGCGCCGGCCUUUCGUGCCUAAGAGCGUAGCAAACAGCCGUGGCUGUUUAUUCAAAAUGUUUCCCAACGUUAAUUAUAUUGCUCGUAGUUUGUUACUUCACUGUGGCCUUCUUAACAUGCGUUGCAACCCUUGAAUGUACCAACACCAGCUUUGUUGCUGCUCGCUUGCCCUUUUGCAGCGCGGCCCUGUACUCUGUCAGUAAUUACGUUGCAAGCCAAAUGCUGUUGGCAUCCAUUUUUGCCAUGUAGGGCGGGUAUGCCUUAGCGCUGUGUUUACGUAACGUUGAGCUGCUCCCCGUGAGGACCUUCCAUGUAUGUUGAGCUUUACGUUGAGCUUUACAAUCUUCUGGCAUUGGAAGGGAGAGUGAGUGAGCAGGUUAAGAGAGCUCAGUGAGUGUACAGGUAAUACUGAUGUGGGGCGCCAAAUGUGAACAAACGUGUGUCAGAAGUGGUGACGGCCCUGAAACGCUUUAGACUUUGCACGGUAGCAGUUGAAAGAUGG